AUGGAUCCUCUGUCAAUAACGACAUCAAGUCUUGCAUUGAUCACCGUCGUCGCGAAAACCAGCAUUGCAAUCACCACCUUCAUCCGUGAAUGCCGCGAAGCUCGAGGAGAUUUGACCUCGGUAAAUCGGGAGCUGUCCGAGUUAAAGAUUGUCCUGGAGCUUCUCCAGGAAGACACUGCCGACCAGAACAGCGAGCUGCUUCUUUCAGAAUCGCUUCGAGCCCAAAUUCUGAGUAUAAUUCAUAACUGUGGCGAUGUCUCAACAAAAGUCGAGCAGGUCCUCACAGAUCUGCGUAAAAGCCGCGUCGGUGCCAUCAAAUGGGUAUUGGACCGCAAAAAAGAAGUCGCGAGUCUGAAACACUCCAUCACCAAAGCCGUCAAGGAAGACACUGGUGUAAUCAGAGAAGAUGUUGUAGAGAUCAAGCAAGAUACUGCACAGAUUCUAGACGAGAUCGAAAGAUUGAAGGAGAGGCUACCCUUGUCAGAUCGCGACUUUGUCAUACAGGGAUAUCUCGAUUCUCUGACCACAUACGCUGCCACCGUGUACGAUGCACUGGACGACGAUGAAAACGAGAUCAAAGAUGAAACGGGGCACGAGUCAGAUCCACCGUCACCAGAAGUCGGCCCUUCGAUACAUCCGGUACUGGCUCCAGCGAUCGAAGAAAAGGAUACGGCACUCUUGAAUAAAGCAACAUCAGAUCAUUCUAUUGGUGAUGAAGGCCCGGCACUCCAGAUAUCGCCUCAGAAUGCCCCGGAUAAGUUACUACAAGAAAGAUUGCAAGCACUAGAGGAGCCAGUCCAACACGGAGAAGAAACACAAACAUCAAAGGAGUCUGUUGCUCACUUUCACAGCGCCUCAACAGGCAAGAUCCGCGUCGGAGCGAUCGAAAAUUCCCAAGUGAAUGCCGAAAGUUCAAGUCAACUAUCCAAAAUAGUGGACGAACCUCGAUUGGGCCACAAUUAUGAUGCAACUCGCAUUCAUACUCCAGAUUAUGACAAUGAUGAAUAUCGCGACUAUGACGGCGGCUACGAUCAUUAUCCUUACGAAGAUGGUGAUGACGAUGAGGGUCAUGACGAUGACGAGGGUAGUGGUUACAGUCCAGAUUAUGACGAUGGAGAAAAUCACGACUAUGAAGAAGAUCAAUAUUCUGACGAUCACUAUUUCGGCGAAGAAGAUGAAGAAAAUGAUGAUGAUGAAGGUCGUGGUUAUAGUCCAAAUUAUGACCAGGAUGACGAUCAUGAAGAGUUUCGUAACCAGAUUACUGGCGAUGAAAGUCCGCAUCAUGGUGAUACUAAGGAGGAGCGGUCCCCUCCAUCACGCCCACGUGGGAUAGAGGACAGACAUACAACUGGUCCAAAUGUCUCUAUCGCAUAUUCUAAUGUUUCAAACCAAGGGCUGCAAGAUGCGGAUCAUCAAAAGACUGGGAGACAGCCAACUACUGUACCCACCGAGGCCUCUCACGAAGAACGGCGUACCCCCCAUCCCCUCCUGACGACGACGGAACCGGAACAGGUUCAAGCAUUCCCGCCAUCUUCACAAGGUCAUGCAUCCAAAAUCAAACAUAUCGUGAGCAGUGUCUCGGGCUCGCAGAGCAGCCCGCUAUUUUGGCCUAGUCGAACAGAGUCCUGCUCAAUAUCCACCAUCAAGUCUGGCGAUUUGGGAACUAUUACGAAAGGCACCAAUCCUGUCAUUGCCAUGGGUCUUAGCCAGGACGGCGUUUAUGGUGCAUUCGUCCAGCAGGACAGAACUAUCUCCGUCUGGGACCUAAGACAAAAUGCCCAAAAAGGCCGCGGGUUCAAACGCAAGCGUUUCGGACUUACAAAGCCGGACAUGGUUCAGAUCAUCAAGAACGAGGAAGCCGCUUUCAAUGAUGUUCACCUCUACGUUUUGCUAUAUUCAUCCACCGAAGCCGCGUAUGAGCUAUACGAUGUGGGAAUGAAGAAGCAAUGGUGGAGUUCAAAGGGAGUACAUUACCCCAGGCUCUUCAACAAUCUCUGCGUGCUGUCUGUUACCAAUGAUGGGGAGCUUGAGAUGUUGACAAAGAAAUGGACCACCAAAGUUUGGCGUUCCACCAUUUACAUCCCACCCGAUAGAAGUCUCAAGGAUUAUCCGUUUCAUCAGCCCCGAAUAAUUGUAUUCGCAGUCAAUGAGAGAGGUACUGAUAUUGCUUAUCUCUGCGAAGAAAAGCACUGUUAUGUCGCCAAAAUUAAUUUCGAUUCAAAGACUUCUAUCAAUCCAUCGAUCGACCGUGUCUCCUCUGGGCCCCUCCUCACUCAUUUUGACUCUGGUAGGCACAUUCCAGUAGGCAUGGCCUUAAGCACGGAAUACGAUCGAGUCGUGACUAUCUGGACAUCAAAGCGUGACCUCAAGUAUGGAUCUAGGGAUACCAUAUUCGUCAACGUCUGGGACCAGCCGUCGCAAUCACCGACGACAAACCGUACCUACGCAUUGCCGAGUGACAGGCUGGACCCACUGUAUCAACUCCAGCUGAGCAAAGGCUUCGUGUUGAUCCUGUCAAAACACCUUGAUGGAUGUCAGGUAUUGGACUUGAGAGCAUGCAGGGGAAACGAAGAGGGCGCAGACGGCGUUUGUCGAGCCAGCUAUUGUAAUCCAUGGAGCAGCGAGGAAGUCAAGGAAAUAAUUCCGUACAGUGGAAGAAACCUCUUGUGGAAGGCCUCGCAUGUCGACAGCUCAUUUUAUUCAGGAGUCUAUGAUUGGAGAGCUGGUUCUUUAAGAGAAGCGGACAUCUUUGGCACUGUGUCGGCUAUUUAA